UACUAAACGGAUCUUCAUAAUCAAAACUCACAAGGUUAGGUUUUCUAAAAGGUGACCAAAGAAAUGACUAAAAAGUGAAAUGUGAUGAAUUCAUGACAAUUGACAAUGGAGUGAAUUUACAGAAAUUCAUCACAAUUCAUCAACGAUGCAGACUCUUUCUCCGUUCAUGGUGUCACAUGUCAAGUCUCCUUCACUCCCUAUUCUCUAUCCAUCUUCUCCUCACCCUCAAUCUGUUUCUCACCUAUUGGUCUUGAACCGUCGAUGCCCUAUUUCCUCGUUUUCCAGGCGCUCAAUUUCUCCUAUCUACGCUGUUAAUGGUGCUCCAUUUGAUCUUAGGAGUGGCAAAGGAAUGAAUGGGUUUCUAGAGGUUGAGCUGAAAGUACGUGACUAUGAAUUGGAUCAGUAUGGUGUUGUCAACAAUGCUAUCUACGCCAGUUACUGUCAACAUGGACGUCAUGAGCUUCUAGAAAGCAUUGGUCUGAGUGCGGAUGCAGUUGCUCGCAGUGGUGAUGCACUUGCGUUAUCUGAACUUUCUCUCAAAUACCUUGCACCUCUUAGGAGUGGAGACAGGUUUAUGGUGAAGGUGAGAAUCUCAGAUUUCUCGGCAGUUCGCUUGUUCUUUGAACACUUCAUUUACAAAUUACCAAACGAAGAGCCUGUACUCGAAGCUAAAGCAACUGCUGUCUGGCUCGAUAAAAAUUACCGCCCUGUUCGUAUACCUUCUGAGGUGAAAGCCAAGUUAACUCAGUUCAUGAGGCGUGAGAACUUAACGUGAUUGAACAAAAUCCCCUGUUUGCGUUGAAUGAUUAAGAGCUGAGAACCAAAUGACUUAUUUCAGUCGUGCCAGCGAGGGUGUUGCGCCAAAUCUAUACAGAAACAGUUAAAAGUACAAAAUGACUUGUUUGUUAGCAUCCGACACCUAGUAGUCCUACGGAAUAGCAAUAAGUCGUAUUAUUUUUUGUGAAAUUAUAUAAAGGCAAUUUUUUUUUUUUUUUUUGUGAAAAAAUCUUAACUAAGUGGUGUAUGUAGAUUAUAGAAGUAUGAAGUAUGUACAAGUUUAGAAGUUGAGUCUUGGCUUAUUCUGUAUUAGAAGUAAAACUGAUUCAAAUUUUUUGUUGUUUAAAAUCUUAGUACGGAGUACUCAUGUUCAUGUACUCUUCUAAGCAUUAAAGUGAGGAA